ACUUAUUUGUUGAAAUAUACGAUUUUUAUCGCAUUUCAUUUCUUCCGAUUGUUAUUCAUACAAAAUAAGAUGUACCAAGAUAAUUAGAAUGAUUGAUUUGUAUGCUUUAAAAAAAAGAAAAAUGUCCAUACAAGGCCUAACGAUGCAGAACUUCAUGCAUGAAAUAUACAAAUUCUUAUCGCAAACAAAGAAAUUAUUCGACAAUUAAACAAUGUUUCUAAAGUGUGAGAACCACACUAAGUAAACAUACGUAGGAGCAAUGAAAUGCUUUUGAAAAAAAAUUGAAAAGACAUUCAUAUCCGUUGAGGAAUAUAAAAGGUUUGGCGCGCAACGAAGAGACCAGAAGUAAGGUAGGUGCAGCAAGCCAGAACGUCACGAAAUGAAAACUGUUCUGAUUUGGGGAGCUCUAGCGCUGUUAAGCGGCUCCUUCGGUUUCCCUGUGAGCGACGAAGCCACAGAUGAAGAAUUGGCCGAUAAAUUAUUCCAGGAAGACACGGAAAACAACGUUAACCAAAAAAUAAAACAAGAUAUUUGGAAAUACCUAAAAUCUUACGGCUAUAUUUCGGAAACAACGACGCCGAUGCAAAAAUCAGAGGGAGAGCAGAUUGAACAGGGUAUGUGGAAUUUUGCUGUUCGGAACGGAGCGAAUAUUAAGAAAAAAAUAUUCAAGAAUGAAGCUAAGCGUGUCUUCGAGCGUAUCCUGGAACGCAUUUCAAAAAAACGUCGAUGUGGUGACCCAGAUAUUGGUAAAGGUGCAUUUGGAACAGGAGGCGGAAUACAGAAGAGAUAUCUUGCUCAGUCGCCAUGGGGAAAAAAUAUAUUAACCUACAAAAUUUUGAGUUUUGACGAUGAUCUAACGCACGAGGUACAACGAGAAGAAAUUGCAAAGGCGUUUAAAUUCUGGACUGAUGCAUCUGAGCUUACAGUUAGUGAAGUUCAAGGAACUACAACAGCUGAUAUCAAUAUAGAAUUUGUCGUUGGUAGUCACUCAGACUCAGUACCAUUUGACGGUCCAGGUUUUGUAGUUGCACAUGCAUUUUACCCCGAAGAUGGUCGUAUCCAUUUUGACCGGGAUGAAAAGUUUACCACUGGACAAGCAACCUCAGAAGUCAAUCUUCUGUCAGUUGCUGCCCAUGAGAUUGGGCACGCUCUUGGUUUGGGUCAUUCAACAGACAGCAAAUCAAUCAUGCGUGCGCAAUAUCAACCAUAUAGUACAGACCUAGCACUUUCUCAGGAUGACAUUGAUGGCAUCACCUAUCUUUAUCCUUCAAAUAAUGCAGGAGCAUGUGUUGAUGAAUUCUGGUGUGAAGAUAUUUUGAAAAGUGAAUGUUCAUUCUUUCCUGGAUACUGCAAAAACAAAUGUGGCACUUGCUAGUUUAGGCACAAACCUGAGGCUACUAGUCAUAUGUGCAUGAUGUGAAAUACUGUAUUUUAUCCAGCAAUUUUCACCUUUAUUUAUAUUCACUUAUGCUGGCAUGAUCCAAAUACAAUUUAUAUAUAGUGUGUUGAUUUAUUGGUCAUAGGUUUUAAGAAAAGUUCUAACCAAAAAUAUUUUCAGAUAAAUCUGUUUAAUUGUCACCACUGCAUUGUUAGGUCAUUAGUAGCACAAACAAAAUUACUGUAUUUAGAAAGCACAUAUUUAUCAUAUUACACCCAAUCUUUAAGACUGGCAUUUAGGUAGAUUAAUAUAGCAAUACAGCAAUAUUACUAACAUCAGUAGAUUUCAAAAAGGUACUAAACCUUGCUGCUAAUUCCAUUAAACACAUAUUAAAGAAUAGAAAUAAUGAAAUAUAGAAUAAACUACAGUUCUGUACUUAAUCAAACGUUUGCAAGGGAUGGCAAAUACUAGAAUUGACCAUGCAGUUGUUCUAUUAGAAUUUAAAGACAAGUAGAAUGAAACUAACAAUUCGAUUUAUAAUAAACAUUUUUGUCGUAUAUUUAAUCAAAAGCAAACAAAUAAAUGUAAACAAAUAUGUUGUCAAUAGUAACACCAU